UCAGCCAGCUACAGCCCCAGCUCCCUGACUCCCAGGCUCCCUGGCCUCCCCUCCCACCCCAGGCCUUACCCAGAGUGGGAGGGGAGCAUCUGGAAAGGGGGGUAUUUCCGCCCACCCAAUCUCCCUGGCCCUGGUCAGUUCAAUGGAGUGGCCUAUACCCCAGAUGACCUGGAUGGGAUUCCUCCUCUGGUUCUUAGGUUCCUGGUCCGAGGCCUUUCUGAUCCAUAACCCUGGGUUGGAUGCAUGCCUGCAGGUGGACCCCCAGGGUGGGGAGCAGAUCUCACUGGUCACUUGCCACCCUGACGCUGGACCCCAGCAAUGGGGCUGGGACCCAGUCAACCGAACCCUUUUUAGCCUGUAUGUCCCUGGAUGCCUUGCCAUAGGUGAGGCCCGGGAGUUUGCUGUGGCCCAAUUGAGCCACUGUGGGGGCCACCUCCACCAGACCUGGGGUUGCUCCCGUAAGGGUCACUUGAGCCUGCAGGGCCUUGGUCUCCACCUUCAUGGAAAGCUGAAUGCCCUGGAAAUCUUUGUUCUUCGUCGGAAGGACAAGUUUAGUCGUUGGAAGGCAGUGCCUGGAAUGGCCAGUGUCUGCUCUGGGACCCCUGUGCCAGGAGUUAUGGACAAGAGUCCUGAGAAGGAGCUGAUCACACACAGAGGUGAGAUCUAUGCUGAAACCACUCUUUCUCUGGAGCGAAACGAGAAGGACCUGUCUUCGUGGGACUCUCUACAAACAGCAAAUGUUACUCCCGCUAGCAACCUCACGCAUACACCUUCCCCAACAUGGAUGGAGGGACCCCUGGUGGCUGAUAAAGGAGGAAAGUGGAAGACAACUAUGAUGAUCCUGAGCCCGCUGGCUGUUGUCUUGGGAGUCACCAUCCUCAUCAUCAAUAUCUGUUACAACAGGAAGAAGAAAAAGAAGACUCUGUCAGCCCUAGAGAACUAUCCCCAGAAUGGUCCAAGGGCCACACUACUACCUAAGGGGGAGCUAUCCCUUGGCCAGGGAGGCCCAGGAGCUCCCAAUUUACCCAUCUCCCUUUCUUCAUCCCUACAGCAUGGGGAGAUACUCAUUGAAUGGAAAGAUGGUAGCAUUACCCGCCUCUUUGCCAGCCCUGAUCAUCUGAAUGAUUAGUCCAAUCUGCAUUUUCCAAGGGUGUACCCUGCGCCCAGUCUGAUCCUGGACUCUGCAAUGAAUGAGAGAGAGAAGGCACAGGCCCUGGAGCUUAUCAGAUCUGUGCCUUCACCUUAGACCUGUGUCCUCCUCCUGGGAGAGAGAGAUAUCACAGACUCUAGAAUUUAUUAGCCCUGGUCUUCAUUUUAGACCUGUUUCUGCCUUCUGGAAAUUUCUUUGUAUAUACGUUUUGUAAUUUUUUUUUAUGUACAUGUAAUUUUCUCCAAAAGAAUGUAAGCUCUUUGGGGACAGAGACUUGUUAAAAUGUUCUCAUUUUUACUGAAACCUUGUUCGUACUUUAUUUCCAAAUAUAUUCUUCCCUGUU